AUGGAUCAGUCGAAGGCGUCGCUCAAGACGGAGACAGACGCCCAUAGGCAGAUGCGCCGCAUCGCCUUUGCCGCAGUUGCCGUUUCCACGGUCGCCGUUAUCGCCACCGUGGUUACGUUGCCCAUGCUCUACAGCUACGUUCAAUCCUUCCAGUCGCACCUCCUCGUCGAGACCGACUACUGCAAAGUAAGCUUGGCUGAUUUUGAUGAUAAAGAAAAGUCGAGAAAAACGUUGAUUUUAUCACAAAUUACCGCUAAUUUUCUAGGCUCGCUCUCGCGACAUGUGGUUGGAGAUGACCGCCCUUCAAGUCGGAAAGGGACACUACAACCGUGUCAAGAGAGGAUGGCUCUUCGGCCAGUGGGUGCCAGAAGGAAACGGAUAUGAAGGAGGUUCCUCAUCCGGUGGAGCCCCAUCUGGUGGCGCUCCAACCGGAGGUCACGGUGGACAAGGCCCAAGCGGUGGCAGCGGACCAUCAUCUGGCGGCUACGGAGGACCAUCCGGAGCCCCCAGCGGUGGAUACGGAGGCCCAGCCGUCAACGCCGAGCCCGCCCCCACCUGCUGCACCUGCCACCAGGGCGCUCCUGGCCCAGCUGGACCUGAAGGACCCGCCGGACAGGACGGAACUGAUGGAGAGAACGGAAAGGACGGACAAGACGGAAAGGACGCUCAGCUCCACCCCGCUGAAGCCACCGAAGUUUGCAUCAUCUGCCCACCCGGACCAGCUGGACCCCAAGGACCACCCGGACCCAAGGGACCACCCGGACCAAAGGGAUCUCCCGGAGAGCCACCCAAGGACGGAGUUCCCGGCGAACAAGGAAUGCAAGGCCAGCCUGGUCCAGUCGGACGUCCAGGACGCGAAGGACCACGUGGAGCCCCCGGACAGCCCGGUCGUCUCAUCCCCGUUCCCGGCCCACAAGGACCAGCUGGACCUCCCGGACCAGCCGGAGAACAAGGACCAAAGGGACAACCCGGACCCGACGGACAGUCCUUCCAAGGACCACCCGGUCUCCCCGGAGAGCCAGGAAAGGCCGGACGCGAGGGUCGCCCCGGACCUCCCGGCCCAGCCGGUCCAUCCGGAGAGGACGGAGAGAAGGGUUCUUGCGAACACUGCCCACCCCCACGUACCCCUCCAGGAUACUAA